UUUCUCCAAUCAUACAACUCAAGUGGAUAUAAUUCAACUCUCAUAAAAGGAUAUCAUUACCAGGCUGCCCCAAAUGCUCAGUUUAAUUUAAAUAAACUAUGUAAAUUAUGCACACCAGACUCGGGUAUAUUAAGAGUUAGCAAUUUGAGCGUUAACCAUAGUACAGGGGCAGUUCCCCGAGAUCCACUGGAUUACAAUAUGCAAGAUGAAAGGGCCAAUUUGACCCUGCAAGGCAAUAUUAAGCUCAGGGAUGAUAGGGAUAAACGAAAUAUGGACGCAAAUCAUACAUAUGAUUACAAUAUAAGUACAACUUUCAAUAUAACGGAAGUAAAUUCACAUGGUGACGGCAGUGAUAUUUAUGGUUGCCAUAGUAAUGGAACUGGUUGUUAUGGACAUAAUGAUGAUUAUCACCAUAGUCAUUCUACGCUGGAAGAAGUAGCUCACAUAUUCCAUCUUUCCAGUCUCUCGAUCAUUAGCGUAUUUGUGCUCGAGGUAUUCCUUAAACUAUUUGGCAUGGGUUUUAGCUUCUUCAGGAAAAAGAUGGAGAUAUUUGAUGCUAUAAUAAUUAUAGCCUCGUUCACCAUAGACUUGGUACUGAUGUACGGGGCCGGGGGAACGAAAGGAGAGGAUGCAUCUGCACUUCUUAUAGUUUUCCUGCUUUGGAGGGUCCUGCGUGUCAUAAAUGGCUUAAUGGUGACCAUAAAGCAGCGUAUAGAAUUCCGUAUAAAACUUCAGAAAAGGGCACGGAGACGAGCAGAGAGGAAACUGGAGUUGUAUGACGCAGAGAGAGAUCUAACAAACAGAGAGAUCAAUGCUUUAAAGGAAAUCUGCUAUAAUUAUGGGGCACAGCAGUUUGAGGUAGAUGCAUGUAAACCCACGCCAAAGUUUGCGAAGAGGUUAGAUACAAGUGGUUUGAGCGGUCUGUCCCUUUCCCUGUCAAUGUCGAUGUCAAUGGGGAUAUUUGGUAUGGGACGAAGAGCUAGUACUGCCCCAUCUGCACCCAGCUCAGUUCCUCCCAGUAGGAGACAGUCUCUAUCUCCUUCAGUUGAUAGCUCCUACUCCCGAGGGAGGCCAAGGACCCCAUCAAGUGAACGCAAUAUGGAUAGUAAAUCUGACCCGACUACCCCAAACGGACCCAUCGUUACACCUUCUACUGCUAAACAAAGGACGAUGUUGAAAUUGCUUCACAGAAACCGUUCUGCUCAAUCCAUAACCUCUUUUAUUGAGUCUAGAAAAAGCGUUAAAAGCGAUGGUUAUGAAAGUGACUCAAUGAGAAAUGCUAUGCCAUCUCUCGAAGAGGAAAAUGAAAAUGGUAUGCAAAGUAGAAAACAAUCAAUGAAAAAACGACGUUCGGUAAAGAGAAAAGCAGAUGAGCGAAUUGGUCAGAGUACUGAUUCCUCAUCAGAUGAAUCUAGUAGCAAUAGUUCAGUUUGUUAUGUAAAUAUGGAUAAAGUGAAGUCGAGCCCCGUAGAAUUUGAUUUAGUAGAGAGCGGAUAUUUCUCCUUGAACAACAAUGAAAGUGAUAAGGGAGAAAAGAGUGAAACGCGUAAACCAUCAACGGAGAAUGUUCCAACCACAGCAGACAUCGAGAUUGACGUUCCCAAAGAUAAAACUACUUUUAAUGUUGUUCAAAAUAAGCAUCAGGACACUAAGAAUGACCACAAGCAUCAAAAUCAAAUAUUGUUUACUCCAAGAGAAAGACCAAAACUAAGAAUCGAUAUUACUAAAGCAAAUAAGGGACGACUAAAUAUCCCUAAGCAAAUCCCCACAAGAUCACUACAAAAUGUUAAUCAUGUGGCAAAGUCACCGAACCAUCUGAGCGUUCAGGACAUACCAGCAUUGAGCAACAGUUGCAAUAGUCUCAUUAAACUUAAUAAUCUGUUCCGAAACAAAAAUAACAAAGACAAGAUAAUGGAAGAGCAUUCUAGGGCACAGUUGACUAUAAAUGUACCCCCUUUAAGUAAUAGCUGCAACAGUCUUGCAUUUAAAUUAAAUCAGAAUCAUUGUACUAAAACAUUGGAAGCAACAAACCACCUCGAUGUAAACAAUAAGCAACACUUGAGCAACAGUUGUGGCACUCUUAUACAAUUAAACAAUACAGUGAAAGAUAAUGACAUUCAAAGCAACCGGCACAAUCUAGAAGCCACACCUUUAUUAACCAAUCGACAACCAGAGGAGGAAUCACCAGUUUGUGACGUGAUAAUUAAACAACCGAACUCCAAGCAAGUCAUGGCAACAAUUGUUACCAUCGACGAUAUGUGACAAGUUAGGGAUCAAAUAUUAGCCAUCUACGUGUUCUAAACUGGCAUACAGUAGGAUUAACUGUUUUUCUCAUCCUUUGGAACAUAACUUGUAGGUACUCCUAGUCGAAUUGCAACAUCAUGGAGACUUUCUUGAUUACCAUAGCGUUAUCAUAUUCAGCAAAUAUAUAUCACCUCGAAAGAUGCUGCACUACUGUCUAGAGACUUGGUAUUCAGGUCUCAAUCGAUAGCUUCUAAAAUAUCUGAAAGUUGUUCAAUUAUAAUUGCAUUUAGCCUAAUGGCCUAAUUGACAGAUUCAAGCAGGCCACUCCACUAACUCCCAAAUAAACAAAAUGGAGCGUGGGGAAUCUUUCAAAAUUUCUAGACUCUGUUGGAAAAUAGAUGGAUGGAUGGACUCUUAGCUGCUGUAAUGAUUUGAAGCAAUGGAAACUUUGGAACGUGUGUCCAUAUUUUUAACAGUUGAAAAAAUGAUACUGCAAACGUUGAUGCAAACGCUAUUCAGAAUUAUUGUAGUAUCUACGUUAUACAGUAAUACAGGGUGUCCAAAAAAACAG